AUGCUCCUUAUCAAGGAUCAUCUCUGCUUCAAAGCAGUAUGGGACAGACAUCCAGCGUUUACCUCAGCUCUCCUCCUCCUCCUCCUCCUCCACCUCCUUGUCGUCGUGUCCCUCUGCUGGGGUCAGAGGUCAGACCCAGACAGUGAGAGACCAUCCUGUAAUCGUUGUGACCUGCGGCUCUCCUGUGACUGCUCCUAUGAUAGCUUCUCGUGUGUUCCUGCGGUAUCAGACCUGGCCUUGACUCUUGAUUUGUCCUUCAACAACAUCACCGAGGUGACUGAGGAUGAUCUGACGGGCCACGUUAGACUGAGGGCUCUGAGUCUACAAGGUAACAGACUAGCUGUGAUCCAUCCCUCAGCGUUUGAUUCUCUUUGGAGCCUGGAGAACCUGGACCUGUCUAACAAUCAGCUGACUGCUCUCCACCACAGAUGGUUCAGGAAGCUUGGAGCUCUGCAGCAACUCAACCUGCUCAACAACCCGUACAGUGAAGUUCCUCAGAUGUCUUUUCAAAGUUAACCAAAGUGUCUGCUUCACUUUGUACCUCUAAGUGCAGCCUCCCUUUCACACCCCCUCUCCUGCAGGAGUCCUCGGUUCUCCUCCAGUGUUUCAGAGUC